GGUGGCGCAACUAUUAUAUUUAUUGUGUGCCUAACAUCAGAUCGGAUUGUUUUAUCAGCAAUUUCAUCUGCAACAGCUGAAUGAAUGGAGGGCCUCUACAGGAACUGCACGCUCGCUGUUCCCUCGCCUCCCCCCGGACUACCAGGCUAACGUUAGCUCUUCCCUCGCCUCCCCCCGGACUACCAGGCUAAGGUCCGCUCCACAGGACUCCUGACUGCCGAGCUGGAUCUCAGAGGCGACGGAGGAAGAACCGGAACCGAACAGGAGCCUCUUUUUUUUUUUUUUUUUUUUCAUUUUUUGUUUGUUUGUUUAAAACCGGAGGAAACCCCGAGAGACGGAAACGAAACGGAAUAUAACGUUUUUUUAUUUUUUAUUCAAAAAAAAGAAAGAUGUAAACGUCGCUAACGUUCGACGCUAGCUUGAAGUUUACCGAGAGGAGAGAAGCUAACGUUAGUUUUAUUAACUUAAUACUUUUAUUAACAGAUCAAUCACUCUAUAACAACCCACAGGUCACAUUUAAUAGCGUCAGUGUUGGUUCGAUAACGUGAUUAACCCAGAUAUUGAUGAGAAAUGUCUACGUUUAAACGGAAUAGAACACUAAGUUAGUCCGAAGCUAGCUGCUAGCUCGCUAGCUUAGCUGGCUAGUAGCUGCCGUUAGCUAACUAGCUCGCUCACGUAAACCUCAAAGAACGCGAUGCUACGUCACCACGCUCACCUGCCGUCACGUGCUGCCAUCGGAGAGGAUGGACGUUUGUUUUUGACGCUUUUCUUCCAAAAUCUAGAGCAGCAGCUUAUUUAACGCGACCCCCCCCCCCCCACCUCCUUACCCCCCUCCUCUCUGAGGCCUUUAGGAAACUACACUUUAUAUUAUUUUAUACAUUUCUAUCUCAUUGAGUUCAUAUUCUGAGUAUUUUGACGUUUUCGAGGGCGUCCUGUGGACGUUUUAUGUCGUCAUAAAACAAGGUGGAUUACAACGAGGACGGUUGAAAGAUGAUGUGCGAGGUGAUGCCCACCAUCAGUGAGGCCGAGGGGGCGGGGCGGCGGGGCUCUGGCUCCCCGCUGCAGUCGGACUCCGAGGGUCACUUCGAGUCUCUGAUGGUGUCCAUGCUGGAGGAGAGGGAUCGUCUGCUGGAGACUCUGAGGGAGUCGCAGGAGAACCUGGGCUCCACUCAGGGCAAACUGCACGAAGUCAGCCACGAGAGGGACUCGCUGCAGCGACAACUCAACACCGCUUUACCACAGGAGUUUGCUGCGCUGACGAAGGAGGUGAACGUGUGCCGGGAGCAUCUCCUGGAGAAGGAGGAGGAGAUCGCAGAGCUGAAGGCGGAGAGGAACAACACACGGCUCCUGUUGGAGCACCUGGAGUGCCUGGUGUCUCGCCACGAGCGCAGCCUGAGGAUGACUGUGGUGAAGAGGCAGGCCCAGUCCCCGGCCGGGGUCUCCAGUGAAGUGGAGGUCCUCAAAGCCCUCAAGUCCCUCUUCGAGCACCACAAGGCCCUCGACGAGAAGGUGAGGGAGCGACUACGCGUCGCCUUGGAAAGAUGCAGCGCGUUGGAGGAGCAGCUCACCAUCUCACACAAAGAAUUGUCUUACCUCAGGGAGCAGAGCAGCCAGAAGAGAGGCCUGGCGGAUGGAACCAGCGAGGUCAACCACACCUCUGAAAACACGCCCAGCACUAAUGGCAAGCGCUCGUCGGACGGCUCGCUGAGCCAGGAGGAGGAGUUGGGUCACGGCUUCGGGUCGGUCGGUGAGCUCCAGGACGUCGUGGACCGGCAGACGUCCGAUCUGGGCCAGAUGAAGGAGCGCUUGGCCGCUAUGGUUUCACGCAUCAACGAGCUGGAGGAGGACCUGGACACGGCCCGCAAGGACCUCAUCAAGUCCGAAGACGUGAACACGCGGCUCCAGAGGGACCUGAGGGAGUCGAUGGCUCAGAAGGAAGACAUGGAGGAGCGCAUCACCACCCUGGAGAAGCGCUACCUGGCCGCUCAGCGGGAGGCCACCUCCGUCCACGACCUCAACGACAAGCUGGAGAACGAGGUGGCCAACAAGGACUCCCUCUACAGACAGACGGAGGACAGAAGCCGGCAGCUCCAGGAGAAGCUGGAGCUGGCAGAGCAGAAGCUGCAGCAGACCAUCCGCAAGGCGGAGACUCUGCCGGAGGUGGAGGCGGAGCUUGCUCAGAGGGUGGCGGCCCUCACAAAGGCAGAGGAACGCCACGGCAACGUGGAGGAGAGACUGAGGCAGCUGGAGGCCCAGCUGGAGGAGAAGAACCAGGAGCUGCUCAGGGCGCGGCAGCGAGAGAAGAUGAACGAGGAGCACAACAAGCGCCUCUCGGAGACGGUCGACAAGCUCCUCUCAGAGUCCAACGAGAGGCUGCAGCUUCACCUCAAAGAACGGAUGUCUGCUCUGGAGGACAAGAACGCCCUGAUCAGAGAACUGGAGCACACCAAGAAGCUGAUUGAGGAGUCUCACCAUGAGAAGGAGCAGCUCCUGAUCCAGAUUGAGACCAUGAGGGCGGAGCAGGAGCAGCAGGGGAGGAGCAGGAGCAACUCCCUGCUCCACGGACGCUCUCAGCUGGGCAGCACUCCAGACUUCCGGUACCCGGUGUCGGCUUCCUCGAUGAUGGACAGCAACUCGGACCACUACGGCAGCGCUCUGGUGCUGAGGCGGCCUCAGAAGGGCCGGAUGGCGGCGCUGAGGGACGAGCCGUCCAAGGUGCAGACCCUGAACGAGCAGGAGUGGGAGCGCAUGCAGCAGGCCAACGUGCUGGCCAACGUGGCCCAGGCCUUCGAGAGCGACAUGGACGCCUCGGACCUGGAGGACGACCGGGAGACCAUGUUCAGCUCCGUGGACCUGCUGUCACCCGGGGGCCAAGCGGACGCCCAGACGCUGGCCCUGAUGCUGCAGGAGCAGCUGGACGCCAUCAACAACGAGAUCAGAAUGAUCCAGGAGGAGAAGGAGAACACCGCCAUCCGGGCCGAGGAGAUCGAGUACCGGGUGGGCAGCGGCGAAAGCCUGGGGGGCCACUUCCGCUCCAUGAGCUCCAUCCCGCCGUCACUGUGCGCCGGCUCCCCGCCGGGCUCCGGACACUCCACCCCCAGACGGGUCCCCCGCAGCCCCAACAGAGAACUGGACCGCAUGGGGGUCAUGACCUUGUCCUCUCAGGACGACAAGGCCACCAUCCGAUGCGAGACGUCGCCGCCCACCACGCCGCGCUCCAUGCGCCUGAGCCGGGAGGCGGGGCACGCCGCCAGCCACGAGGACAUCCGAGGCCUGGGGGGCCUGCAGGACGGCCAGGGCAGCGACCCGAGCAGCAGCAACAGCAGCCAGGACUCCCUCAACAAGGCGGCCAAGAAGAAGAGCAUCAAGUCCUCCAUCGGGCGCCUCUUUGGGAAGAAGGAGAAGGGCCGGCCCAGCCUGCCCGGCAAGGACUCCCCCGGCCAAGCAGGCACUCCUGAGGCAGAGAGCUCUCCUAAGGACGGCUUAGGGAUGGGCACCCUGGGGGGCCCCGCGGAGAAGAACAGGAAGCUGCAGAAGAAGCAUGAACUACUGGAGGAAGCUCGCAUGCAGGGCCUUCCAUUCGCCCAGUGGGACGGCCCGACUGUGGUGGUCUGGCUGGAGCUGUGGGUGGGCAUGCCGGCCUGGUACGUGGCGGCGUGCCGCGCCAACGUGAAGAGCGGCGCCAUCAUGUCGGCGCUGUCGGACACGGAGAUCCAGCGUGAGAUCGGGAUCAGCAACCCGCUGCACCGCCUCAAGCUCCGCCUCGCCAUCCAGGAGAUCAUGUCACUCACCAGCCCCUCGGCCCCGCCCACCUCCAGAACGACCACAGGAAACGUUUGGCUCACUCAUGAAGAGAUGGAGAGUUUGGCGGCCACGCCUCCCACGACGCUGGCGUACGGAGACAUGAACCACGAGUGGAUCGGCAACGAGUGGCUGCCCAGCCUGGGUCUACCUCAGUACCGCUCCUACUUCAUGGAGUCCCUGGUGGACGCCCGCAUGCUGGACCACCUCACCAAGAAGGACCUCCGGGGGCAGCUCAAGAUGGUGGACAGCUUCCACAGGAACAGUUUCCAGUGCGCAGUGAUGUCUCUGAGACGACUCAACUACGACAGGAAGGAGCUGGAGAGGAGAAGGGAGGCGUCUCUGCUGGACCUUCAAGAGGUUCUGGUGUGGAGUAACGAGCGCGUCAUCAGCUGGAUUCAGGCCAUCGGGCUGAAGGAGUACAGCGGCAACCUCUCUGAGAGCGGCGUCCACGGGGCGCUGCUGGCCUUGGACGAGACCUUCGAUCACAACGCGUUGGCUCUGCUGCUGCAGAUCCCCACGCAGAACACCCAGGCCAGAGCGGCUCUGGAGCGUGAAUACAACGGCCUUCUGGCUAUCGGCACCGACCGGAGAACGGAGGAGGAUGACGAUAAGAACUUCCGUCGAGCUCCCUCAUGGAGAAAGAAGUUCAGGCCCAAAGACAUGAGGGAGAUGUCCGACACCCUGCCCGCCAACUUCCGGGUGACCGGCAGCGGCGCGGGGUCUCCCUCCCCUCAGCCAAAGAGGAGCCCGAUGGAAGGAAGUCAGUCUAUACAGAGGCUGGACACGGCCACAGUCAGGACCUACUCUUGUUAACACAACGUUUAUCCUCAUUAUUUCUAUAGGUAACCGCUGGUCUGAAGAUGAGGGGGAGUUCCCUGCAUUCAAGACCAGGAUGAUGAACUGAAACACGGAGGAGCUCAGAGUCCCCAGAGGAAACCUUUUAGCUCUGUUAUUAUAUUUAUGUAAACCAAUGGGACAUUUAAUUGAUUUUAGAAUUACUAUGUAAUCCCUCCUCUUUGCCUCUAUCCUCUUAAUCAACCCACUUUUUAAAAAAGAACCCUCCGUAUUAGAAGCUAAGCUUUCAGAUGAGCCUGAAUGUCUCUAUUGUCUGGAGUUUGUAUAUUUCUACCAGCAGACAUUUUAUCUUUUUUUAUAAUCCUGAUUCUAUUGACCAGAUGUAUGUCUUUGUUGUUUUUUCUCUUUGAUUUUAAUUCUAAUCAUUGAAUUAGUGCUUCAGUGACUUUGACAUAACUUCAUAUCCUUUGUGACUGUUGUACUUGUGUGUAGCGUAUUCCCGCUGAUCUUUGUGUACAUGUCAACGAGGUGUGAAUAUCGAGACGGGUUGCGCAACACCGAGUCAUCCAUCGCCACUAAAAUACCUGCUGGCAAGACGGGCGAUGGUGACGGAGGAGAUAUAUAUAGAUAUCUAUCUAUCUAUCUAUCUAUCACACAACACAUACAUGUUUCCUUUUCUCUUCGUUAUUUCCCAUAUCUGACAAACCAAAAUGAAUUUAAAGAAUUAAAGCCAUAUAACGGUAGCGGAGGAACCGAGAGGGCUUCUUUCAGAUGUGGAAACAGGAAAUGGAGGUUCUGUGGUGACUUCUCCUCUUUAUCCCCACCCGGCCACACACACACACACACACACACACACACACACACACACCAGCGCGCCCCUUUAAGAAAAACAAACCUCCCUCACCUCUGGAGACACACACACACACACACACACUCGUACAGGACUUGAAAUGUACGGAUGAGUGGAAACUCCUUCGAUGGACCAACUUCACUGAGGCCUCAGUCGAUCCCCGCUGUGACUCCAUGACCUCAAAGCGGUGCGAUCCUCUCCAUCUACUUUUCUUUUUUUUUUUACAAAGAUUUCAUAUCGAGCCUUAUCGCUUAACUCCUCUCUGUUGUCUUGUUCUUAUUUAUUAUUACUCGCUCACACGGGUUUGCUCCUGUGAAUGUACCCCCCCCCCCCCCAAACACAGGUUCCACCGUUGGUUCCCAAUGAAGGAACCGCAGACGUUCCGCAGCCCAACAUGUAGUUAAAGCGUUCUCUGUUUGUGAUUUAGUCUUUCUGCACAGAUCAUGUUGCUGUUUUAUUCCUGCUCUCCCAUUUGAAUCUUCUUGUAACUGAUGUACAGUCUUGAGUACUUAUAAACUACUUUUAUCACAAUAUUAUUUAUUGCUUACUUUCAAUAAAAUGCUGAAACUCA